AUGUCUUCCUCCGACGAUCUCGUUGAGGGCGAGCCCCCUGUCAUCGACCCUUACGAGAUUCUCGGACUGGAGCGCGAAGCCACGGCCGACCAGGUCAAAUCAGCUUACCGGAAGGCAGCGCUCAAAAACCACCCAGACAAGGUUACCGACGACCAAAGAGACGAGGCCAAGGAAAAAUUCCAGUCCAUCGCCUUCGCGUACGCCAUCCUCUCCGACCCGGCACGACGCAAGCGCUAUGAUACUACCGGCUCGACUUCCGAGUCCAUUGUCGACUCGGAAGGCUUCAACUGGUCCGACUACUACCGCGAACAGUUCCGCGAUGCAAUUUCUGCGGACGCCAUCGAAAAGUUCGCAAAGAAGUACAAAGGCUCCGACGAGGAGAAGGACGAUGUCCUGCUUGCCUACGAAGAGCAUAAGGGCGACAUGGACAAGAUCUAUGAGACAGUAAUGCUAAGCGACGUCCUCGAGGACGACGAACGCUUCCGCAAGAUCAUCGACGAGGCCAUUGCUAGUGAAGAUGUACCAUCCUUCAAGCGAUACACCAAGGAAAGCAAACUAGCCAAGGCGGCCCGCGUCAAGGCAGCAAAGGGCGAGGCGCAGGAGGCUGAGGAAUACGCCAAGGAGCUGGGUGUGCACGACAAACUUUUCGGGGGUGACAAGAAGGCCAAGGGAAAAAAGAAAGCCAAGGACAGCGGCGAGGAUGAUUUGGCGGCGCUCAUCAAGAGCAAUCAGCAGAAGCGCGCCGGCUUCCUGGACGAUCUCGCCGCCAAGUACGGAGCCACCAGCCAGCCCAAGAAGGGCAAGAAGAGAGUCGUCGAAGAGGAGGAGCCGUCAGAAGAGGCCUUCCAGGCUGCGGCUGCGCGGUUGAAGAAGCCCAAGGCGGAGGAGAGCAAACCCGCGAAAGCGGGACGAAGGUCAAAGCGGUAG